UGCUUCCGCUUCCGCGCCCCCCGCAAGAGGCUGGUUCCCGGCUGGAGGAGCAGGAGAUCUUCAGCUGCUUGCAGCUCCCCGCGUUCGGGUCCUCUUCUGUUCGAUUUUCCCCAAGAUGUCAACUCAAGGCCAUACCUGGACCCGACAGGAAAAGAAGGGAGGUGAGGAAGAGGACCCCCUAGAUCAGCUGAUCUCCCGCUCUGGCUGUGCUGCUUCCCACUAUGCAGUGCAGGAGUGCAUGGCUCAGCACCAGGACUGGCGACAGUGCCAACCACAGGUGCAAGCCUUCAAGGACUGCAUGAGUGAGCAGCAAGCAAGGCGGCGGGAGGAUCUGCAAAGGAGGAAAGGGCAAACCAAUGCCCAGCACUGAGACCCCAAACCUCCUAGCCCCAGAGAACAGCCCUACAAACACAAGCACCAGAGAGAUCAUAGGAAGAACAAGUCCUAAGCUGUGGAACUAGGAACCAGCAUGUAAAACUUGAGGACAGUCUUGGCAAGCCAGGCUGCCAUGGAUUUAGACAUGACUACCAUAAAGAACUGUCGUGUUUUCAUGGUGAGAUCUCACACAUCUUCAUCCAUCUUGUCCUACGGUAUUCAAUAUUAACGAUUUUUCCCAUGUGAAACAGAGUAGGGUUAGGGAUGCUCUCCUACUCUGCAUCUUGGGUCAGUGUGCCAAAUACAGAACUCAUUGUUUGUGUGUUUAAUUUUUGUUUAGUAUUUAUUUUAUUUAUGCAUACAAGAACUGGGGAUGUAGGCCAGAGAUGUGGGGGCAAGGUGGGGCGGGUAAGAGGAUUCACCAGAGACAGAGCGGGGAGCAGAACAGGUGGAUCUACUGAAAUACACUGCUGAGGGGAGCAGCAGGAGAGACAGGAGAGGCUGCUGUGCCACGUGGGUUAGCUCCCUGGCUGGGGAUUGACCUCAUGCCUCAGUGGCUGGUAAUAGCUUGAUAGCACUGAGACUUUAACACUUGCGCCACCAGGGAGGCCCCUUGGAUGUUUAAUUUAAAAGUAAACUCACAAUCAAGAGGUAAAUUGCUUACCUAAUUAGGUCUUUAUUUAUUUAGCUACUGGUUCAACGACAAGAAGUUUUCUGAGACCUUCCCAAGUGCCAGGCCCUGUGUUGGAAACUGAUGAAAAAUAUGAUCGCUGCUUUAAUGUCAUUUGGUAUAGUUUGAAAAAUAAAGCAACACUGGAACAACUAAUUUCGUGACAAUGAUAUAAGUACCUUUCAUUAGUUCUGGAUGUUUUCAUUCUGCCUAAUAGAAGGAAGGAAGUAAAUGAGAAGACAAACUGAGUGCCUCUAUAUGCCAGACUCUGUUGUAUUAACAUAGUUUUUUGGUCUCAGUGUUUUCCCAGCUCAACAAACAUAAUAUUGGCCUGACGGUCAAAAAGUAAACAGUAUAUUCACACUAUGAAAAACUAUCUAGCCAUCAGGAAAGAUGAAAGGUUGGCCUUUACAGCAAAAUGGAAGGAGUUGGAACUAUGUGUAGAAAAGCAAGUGAGAAUUACAGACAAAUACUGCACAUUUAUACAGUAGAUGAUUCAUCAAAGCAAAUGACAUAGAAGAAAGGGUAGGAGCAUGGAGAACAGGGAGGGCUGGAUGUUUUGGUGUUGGGAGAGCGAUGGUAACCACACCUGAGGGGGGAAAUCCUAUACUGUGAAAAUAUUAAUGAGGAUGUAAAACAAUAAAAGGAUGCUUUGAGGAAGACAAUAUGGAGUCAUUCACAUUUCUUCAAUGGUACCUUAAAGAAGCAGGAGAAAGAUCUUUCUAGUAAAACAAAAUCCA